GUUACGUUUUAGGCAAUCCCCUUACUGACGAAGAGGCGGAUAACGACGCUGGGAUUCCAUACGCUCAUCGAAUGGGGAUUAUUUCCGACGAGAUCUACGAGUCAUUGGUGACUAGCUGCAAAGGGAAGUAUUUUCUUGUGGAACCGAGCAACAUAGAAUGCGCGAGAGCUCUUGAACGUUUCGACGAGUGCACUAAAGACAUAAACGGAGCACUCAUCACUGCAGAUAAAUGCCAUCCCGAUCUUCCUUAUCCAGGACCCGAGUGCCAGACCUAUUUUUACACGCUGUCUUAUUACUGGUCCAACGAUGAAUCCGUCCGGACAACGCUCGGCAUAAGAAAGGGGACGAUUGGGAGAUGGGAUAGAUGCAAUCGUGAAGAAAUACCAUACGAGGAAGAUAUCGAUAGCGCACUCCCUUACCACGUUAACCUCAGCACUAGAGGCUAUCGUUCUCUCGUUUACAGGUAAUGUAAUAUAUCUGAAUUCU